AGCCUGGGACACCCAGGCCCUUGAGCCCCCCCACCCUUCACCGCCUUCUGGAGCCAGGGAGUGGUUGGUGAAAGAAGGAAACUAUGUGGAGAACAAACAGCGCCUUCCGGAGCCUGCUCUGCCCCUUCCCCACCCGGUUCAGCACCGCCAUGACGCCGGGCUUCUGGGCCCCUCUCUUCCUCCUGCUCCUGGUACCCCGACGGCUUACAGCCUCCCGUGGCACCUCACCCCCGACAGGCGGCCCCACCUCGGGCUCGACCACCACCGGGGGACACCACGGUGCCUCAUCCCCAGCCUCCCGUGGCACCUCACCCCAGACCAGCGGCCCCGCCUCGGGCUCGACCACCACCGGGGGACACCACGGUGCCUCAUCCCCAGCCUCCCGUGGCACCUCACCCCAGACCAGCGGCCCCGCCUCGGGCUCGACCACCACCGGGGGACACCACGGUGCCUCAUCCCCAGCCUCCCGUGGCACCUCACCCCCGACCAGCGGCCCCGCCUCGGGCUCGACCACCACCGGGGGACACCACGGUGCCUCAUCCCCAGCCUCCCGUGGCACCUCACCCCCGACCAGCGGCCCCGCCUCGGGCUCGACCACCACCGGGGGACACCACGGUGCCUCAUCCCCAGCCUCCCGUGGCACCUCACCCCAGACCAGCGGCCCCGCCUCGGGCUCGACCACCACCGGGGGACACCACGGUGCCUCAUCCCCAGCCUCCCGUGGCACCUCACCCCCGACCAGCGGCCCCGCCUCGGGCUCGACCACCACCGGGGGACACCACGGUGCCUCAUCCCCAGCCUCCCGUGGCACCUCACCCCCGACCAGCGGCCCCGCCUCGGGCUCGACCACCACCGGGGGACACCACGGUGCCUCAUCCCCAGCCUCCCGUGGCACCUCACCCCCGACCAGCGGCCCCGCCUCGGGCUCGACCACCACCGGGGGACACCACGGUGCCUCAUCCCCAGCCUCCCGUGGCACCUCACCCCCGACCAGCGGCCCCGCCUCGGGCUCGACCACCACCGGGGGACACCACGGUGCCUCAUCCCCAGCCUCCCGUGGCACCUCACCCCCGACCAGCGGCCCCGCCUCGGGCUCGAUCACCACCGGGGGACACCACGGUGCCUCAUCCCCAGCCUCCCGUGGCACCUCACCCCAGACCAGGGGCCCCGCCUCGGGCUCGACCACAACCGGGGGACACCACGGUGCCUCAUUCCCAGCCUCCCGUGGCACCUCACCCCAGACCAGCGGCCCCGCCUCGGGCUCGACCACCACCGGGGGACACCACGGUGCCUCAUCCCCAGCCUCCCGUGGCACCUCACCCCCGACCAGCGGCCCCGCCUCGGGCUCGACUACCACUGGGGGACACCACGGUGCCUCAUCCCCAGCCUCCCGUGGCACCUCACCCCCGACCACCAGGACUAUUGCUGACACCACUCACCAUAGCAUAGAACCUCCAACCUCCUCCAAUGGUAGCACUUCUCCCCAGUUGUCUCUUAGGGUCUCCUUCUUCUUCCUGUCUUUUUCCAUUUUGAAUCUCCAGUUUAACUCUUCUCUGGAGGAUCCCAGCACGAAAUACUACCAAGAGCUGCAGAGAAACAUUUCUGAGUUGUUUUUGCAGAUUUAUGAACAGGAAGAUUUUCUGGGCCUCUUUAACAUCAAGUUCAGACCAGGAUCUGUGGUGGUCGAAUCAACUCUGGUCUUCCGCAAGGGUGCCACCGACGCCUGUGACGUGAAGACACAGUUUGAAGAGCACAGCGGGGAACUAGCCAGAUAUAACCUGUCCAUCUCAGGUGUUAGCGUGCGAGACGUGUCGUCCCCUUCCGCCGGCCAGUCCAGCUCUGGGGUCCCUGGCUGGGGCAUUGCCCUGCUGGUUCUGGUCUGUGUUCUGGUUGCACUCGCCAUCCUCUACGUCGUUGCCCUGGCUGUGUGUCGGUGCUGCCAGAAGAACUGUGGGCAGCUGGACCUCUUUCCAACCCGGGACGCCUACCACCCUAUGAGCGAGUACCCCACCUACCAUACGCAUGGGCGCUAUGUGCCGCCAGGCAGCAGACGCAGCCCCUAUGAGGAGAUCUCGGCAGGCAACGGGGGCAGCAGCCUGUCUUAUGUGAACCUGAACCCAUCAGCCACUUCCGCCAACUUGUAGGAGCACGUUGCCCGCCGCCACCCCUGAGCGUUGGGACGCCAGUGCCUCGUGCCUCCCCCAGGCUCCUCACUGCCAGAGUCCUCUCCUCUCAAAUCUGUUUGGGGCUGCUGAGCUGGGAGUUCAGGUGGGCUGCUCACAGGCCCCACCAGGUCUCCUAACCGAUGUCAGCCCUGCUGAAGCCCAUCCGAGCCCCUUGGGAACAGGCCUGGGACAGUGGCUCCCGGGAGGACCGGCCCAGAAAACCCCGAGAUGGAAGUGCAGACCAGACCGGGGCUGAAUAAAGCGGGACCUCCUCUGUGCUGC